CAGCAUUCAAUGACCGCCCCCGCUGCCGCCGAACAGGAGCUGAGGAGGAACAACCCACAGACUGCUGGCUAAACUUUGUCCCCUCUGGUUUCCCUCAGCGAGCCGACACCUCUUUGUUUCUGUCGGGCGUUAAGUACCGCCGCUUCCCCGCAGGCUUCACGCCGAAAGUAUGCGCGUUAGAGGCGGCUAGGCGCGCCGGAGACAGCUCGGAUAAUUUGCUGAGAUCCACACACACACACACAAAAAAAAGAGGAAGGGAGGGAGAAGAGAAGAAGGAAGGUGGGAUUGAAGGGAGCUUGGAGAAGUUGACACCUUGCUGCCGUGUCGGGUACUUGUUGAAUAAGCUGCGUGUGCGACGCACACUACAGCCUUUGUGGGCAGCGAGCUGGACGCUGGGUCUUCUAUAACACCAUGAAGGAGUGAGACCGGGGAGCAGAGAUGGCAGAGCUGGAGAUUGACCAGUCCAACCUUCCACGUGUCGAACAGGUUUGCCAGACCUUUGCUGUGCUGGAGGAUGGGGUGUUGGCACACAGCCUCCAGGAGCAGGAGAUUGAGCAGUACUAUACCACCAAUAUCCAGAAGAACCAGCUGGUGCAAAAUGACAUCCGGGUAGCCCGGAGGCUGCAGCAUGAGGAGGAGCAGCAGCGGGCUCAGCAGAGCGCCCUCCUCAGACAGGUCUCCAGACAAAUAGAAGAGCAGGACUUUGAAUACGCUCGUGUGAUUCAAGAAGAGCUCCAGCGACGCGCUGAGGAGGCACACAGGAGGGAGCAGGACGAUGAGGAAAUAGCUAAACAGCUGCAGGAAGAAGAGGAGCAGCGGGUGAGGAGAAGGAGCCACGAGGAUUUUCGUGAAGGCAGCACCAGUGACCCUGCACUGCUGUCCUCUCACCAGCACACACUCAGCAGCCAUCACCGAGGAGAGGAGCAGUACUUGCCUGUCACCAGCAGGUGGCAACGUUCUGCCUCUCAUCGUGGCUCGGUGUUAACUGGGCCUCAGACUAGGUCUCCCAGGAGAACAGCAUCUCAUAGAGACAGAACCUCAUGGUCAAAUCAAGGACAGGUAGAAACCAGCAGGCAAAUACGGGCUGGACUGAGCGAGCCCAUAAAUGAGGAUUCAGAAGACUCGGAUGCAGUUUUUACUGAGCAGCUCUCUCUUUGGGCUCGACGAAUGUAUGACAGAGGAAAUACGGCACCUCCUCAACGACAGGCUGUUUUAAGACCCCCAAAAGAAAGGAAUUGCAGAAGUCUCUCCACUCGCAGCAGCUUCACAAAGAACUUCAAAGGCUGGGAGGAAGAGGCCGAGGAAGACGACUAUGCGGAAGAUUAUUACGACGAUGAUCAUGCGCAAUUGAGGAUAUCUAGGAAUACGGAUUCUGAUAGGAGGUCCAGAGAUGAAUACAGAGACUUGCACAGCGGAAGGCCUACGGAAAAACCCCGCCGGUCGGCGGAGGUCGGCGAAAGGCGGAGUCGUCGCAGCGAGUCGUUGAGCGUACACGACCGGAGCGGUCACAGAACCGGCAACCUGGCAAGAACCUGGAGCUGCAAGGAGAACCCAGACAAGCACGUGCGCUUCCAGGAUGACCAGAGGAGUUCCGCCAAGCAGCGCAACGACAGCCUGAAGGUGUGGCAGAUGCUCGGCCAGAUCCUCGAGGAGAGGGGUGUGCCUGUGAAGGUCGGCGGCAGCGGGGCGCCGCUACAGAUAAGGCCUCAAAGCAGAGACAGCCAGGUGCUUUACGGGAGCGAGGUCUCCUACGGUGACUCCCAAGCACAUCAGAGAGCCUUCCACAGAGCUGCCGCCACCAGGCACAGUUUCCAUGGAGAUAUCAGGCAGAGGAGGAAAUUGACACCCGCAGAAAUCAUCGGGAGAGAUCACAGAGAAGACCAAGACUGGCGUAGUUGUAACAGACAGGUUCAUGAGCCUAAUAAUGGAGAGUCUUGUGUCUUUAACAAAGAGAGAAAUAGCGAAACACGGUGGAAGGAGCACAAAUACGUAAACACUGACAAUAACAGGGAGAGAAAUGCAAAUCAGAACAGAGUAAAGAGGACGGCAAGUCAGCGCAGGCAUUGGCACAGGAUCACAGAAGAAACGUUAAGCUCAGAGGAGGAGCAGGAGGCGGAGAGGAGAGCGGAGCGUCCUAGACGGAGAGCGCUACAGCGCAGCCAAAGCUUCAGCAGCAGCAGGGCUUCGAGCAGACGUAGGUCAAAGCACGUAUCAGCAGGGGCUUCACAGCAACCUGAUCCAAGCGAUGCAGGCCUGAAUCUGGGAGAGCUGCAGCAGGUCCUACUGGAUGAAGAACUGGCCCGUAAACUUCAGGAGGAGGAAGAAAAGGAGUUAAGAAGGUCAUCACUACGCAAAUCCUUUCCAGAGGGGGACUUCAGAGUAGCGCAAGUUGCACAAGAUGAGGAAAUUGCACAUUUUAUGCAGAAGCAGGAAGUAAAGGCAAAGCGGAGAUCUCGGGAACUGGAAGGACCAGGGUCUUGGCAUGAGCACAGAACGAUGAUUACAAACUAUGACAGACGAGCUGCCAGAGAAAGACAGAUCCACCGAGAGAGACUUGACUCAGAGGGUCUUCCUUCUCCUACUGAAGACUGCUCGCCCGAGAACCAGCCACCCAGUCCCGUUCACGCUGUACCAAAAACCCAGCAGAUGAGGAACAUUGCAGAGGAGCUGGAUCCUACCUUCCAGGCCCGGAGGCAUGUCCCGCAGAGCUUCCAAGCAGGACAAACUGGUCAGACCAGGGAGCCUCUUCCCCUAGCACAGUCUGGCUCACAGGACAUCCUUGAGGAACCCCCGUUCAUACCACCGACAAAACGGCAGACGGACAAAUCUGCACGGAGUAAACUCAAAGAAAAAAGGGAAGGAUGCAAGCAACAAUAAUUUGGAACAGACUGUGCUGAUGGGAUUUUUUUUUAGGAAGUUAUCAAUCUAACCAGAGUUCUCGUUGCUCAAUGCUUUAUUAUCAAAAACUGAACGGAAAACCCCAUUCAAGCACUUUAUAUCUGUAAGAUAAGGACACAUUUUAGAUAAUUGGAUAAAGAAUCCUCACAUUUGGGACAUCAGAAUUUAAAGGGAAAUGUGUAAUUUGUUAAAGUACUUUUUAAAUGUGUAUAUUUAGUGUUUAAUUUGAAAGUAAAUGGCGCUAAUGUUCUCAUUUUUGUGUAAGGAGCACCCCUGCCUUCCAGGUUUAUGGGCUUGUUUUUUUGGAUAAAAGCCACAAACCGCACCAUUUAGUUCAAAGCCACCAAGUUAUUUACCAAGAAGGCCAAAAGAGAAGUAACACUAAUGGCAUGUGACAUUUGUGCCACCUUUGUUUUCAGGUAUUGUUUACAACUUUUCAGCGACAAUCGACUUUCCUGAAAUGAAAAUGAAAACUGAUAAACAGAAAAAUGUUUACUGCUGCAAUGCUAAACAGAAAUAUUGAAUGUUCUUUUACCUUUUGACACAUUUGAACCACAAACUUCGAUGUAUUGUAUUGGGAUUUAACGACAGACCAAUGCAGAGUUGCGCACUAUGUAGUAGAUAAAUUAUGCAUAGUUUUUCUGAAUUUUGUUUUUAUCAGUAAAAAUCUACAAAGAGGAGCGUGCAUUUGUAUUCAGCCACCAUGAGUUAUUACUGCGUAGAACAUCCGCUUGUUGCAAUUAUAGCAGCAAGUCUGUUGUGGCACACAUAUCAACUUCACACAUUGGAGGCCAUUCUUCUUUGUGAAAUAGCUCACGCUCAAACCCAUUGGAGAGCAUCUAUUAACUGCAGUUUCCAAGCUAUUCAUGUUUGGAUUUUAGUCCGAACUUUGACUAGACCAUUCUAGCACAUGUACAUGCUUGGAUAUAAGGCUUUCAGUUCUAGCUGUGACUGUAUGUUUAGUGUUGUUGUCCUGCCUGAAGGCAUUCACUUGCCCCCAUCUGAACUCUGGAAUGCUGUCAACUACUUGUGUUGUGGCAAUCUCUCUUGGAGCUUUCUUCUUGCCACUCUUCCAUAAAGGCUAGAUUUAAUGAAUGUGCUACUACAAACUGGCUUUUCACCAGAUUCUCCCAACUGAGGCUUGGAUCUGCAGCUGCUCCAGAGUUAUCAUUAUUGUUUUUAUGAACAGUGCUCUCCGUGUCUUUAUAGGUUUGGAAAUGUAUCAGACUCUUUCCUUUUGCCCUUGGAUGGACUUAACAGGGCUCCUUGAGUUGUUCAAAGCUGGGAAUGGCAUUUUAUAACAUAGCCCUGUUUUAAACUUGUCCACAACUGUAUUCCUUACCCUUCUAGUGUGUCUAGCCUUUUACACUCCUAUCUCUCGGGGAGGCGGAAAUAUGUUAAACUGGGAAAUCUCACCUCUCCUACCAGAUUGGCUACCUCCGGUGUCCCCCAGGGGUCAGUCCUUGCCUCCCUGCUCUUUUUAAUCUACAUGCUCCCCUUUGGUAAUAUCCUCUGAAGCCAUGGGAUAUUCAUCAUUGAAUGAGCCAAAACUCUCUCCAGUUAAAUGGCAGUAAGACUGAGGCCGACCUCAUCAGCACCCCCCCAUCAAACUAAACAAGCAGCCGUCACCCACAUCACCACUAACAAUCAUUCCAUCCCGCUUUCUUCACUUUGUCACCAGUCUUGGUGUCGAGUUUGAUUCCUCCCUCUCCUUUACUGCUUUGAACAUGAACAUUGCUAAACUCAAACCCUCACUCUUCCAACCGGAUACUGAAAAGACUGGUCCAUGUCUUCAUCUCAUCUCGCCUUGACUACUGUAACUCCCUACUAGCAGGUCUCCCCUCCAUAUCCAUCCAGAAGCUACAGUAUGUCCAUAACAGUGCUGCCCGCAUCCUCACCAAAACCCAGAAAUCUGUCCACAUCACCCCACUCCUCCACUGGCUCCCUGUCAACCAGCGGAUAUCUUUUAAGUUACUCCUGUCAACCACACUGGUCCAACCUACCUCCAGGACCUUGUUUUUCCUCAGUCUGCACCUCAGUCACUCAGAUCUGGCACACAGAAUCUCCGCACUGUCCCCCGUACUAGGAUAUCAAUCAUGGGUGACCGUGCCGUCUCCUUCCUGGGGCCUCGGCUGUGGAAUCAGCUGCCUGAGUCGGUCAGGAUGGCAGACUCCCCUACUACUUUCAACAGCAGCCUGAAGACUCAUUUGUUUCAUGCUCCCUUCCUUGUCCUUAACUGCCAUAUUGGCAGUUAAGGCCAUAUUGGCCAUAUCUUAAUACUUUUAUUUUAGAUUUGUCAUGUUUUUAAUCUUCAUUAUUUUAGGAUUUAUUUUUAUUCUAGAUUGUUUUAAACCUUUGGUUAUUCUAGAACUCUGAAGCACCUUGAGAAGUCGCAAGAUUUUAAAGUAUGCUAUGCAAAUAACAUUAUUAUUAUUAUUCCUUGGUCUUCAUGAUGCCACUUUGUAUUUGUAGAACUCGCUCUCAGUUGGACUCUGUUUACUACAUACAUGACACCUAAAGACAAUUUUUCGGAACAAUAGGUAAGAAACACCCUAGUCAGUUUAUAAGCAAUUGCGUGCAUGCACAAGACCAUCCUACCUGCUCUUCCGCUCCUCAUGGGUCACGUGAAUAAAUCUCCCAAAUACAAUCUGGUCUUGUUUCUUUCUUCUCAGGCCUUCCAUCUUCUUCUCACAAACUUGUACGCCGUUUGCCUCUUGUGACUCUCAGCCAUUUUCAAAGUAUAAGGUUGGCACAGCGGUGGUACAAUGAACGGCUAACAAGCUAACUGGAUACAUAAACACGAGGAAUGUGCAUACACAGCAAGCAAGCAGAAACUAGCAAAGAACGAGCACGUACAUUGGCGUUAGAGGAGUGCGUUACAAUGAUUGGCAUGUGGGACAACCUAUAAACAAGGUGAUACCCCUGGAACUGGAAGCUGAAAAAGAUCAUCCACUAUACCUUCUUUUUACAGGUAUCAAAUUAAAGGGAGCUGAAUGCAAAUGUUUGCCACACUUAGUUAUUUAAACCAAACUAUCCCUCUACUUCAUGAGUGCCAUCAUGCAAGAUCCCCCACCCCACCCCCAAAUAUGCUCUGAGGCUUGUGGUUAUAACAUGAGAAAUGUGGGGGAAAAAAUGAAGAGGUAUAAAUAUUUAAUAUUUUUGCAAGGUACAAUAUUAAGAUCCAAGUAUCUAACAGAAACAGCUAAGUCCCCAGGUUCACUAACUGACACUGCAAAGUUGAGUUCCCCGCCACGUUUUUAGAGUCAAUGAGGCAUGACACCAAAGAGUAUCUGAGAACUGGCUGUUGUAUACGUUGGGAAAUUUUCAUAUACCAAACCCUAAUUAAUCUUCAUUGUAAUGAAGGCAGAAUCUGUAUUUAUCUUUGUUCUUGUUCCUGUUGUGUGAUCUGGGUUUUUAUUUUUAUGCUUUUACUUCCUCCUUUCUUUCAUUACAAAUAUAAAAUACAACUUC